GUAAAAGUAUGUACAAAAAAAGAAGUUGGCGCAAAACAAAGUGUUUAAACAUUAAUCAUUUUUAGCAUAAAAAUGUAUAAAAAUCGCAAAUUUAAUAAAAAUUUGAAACAAACGACAAACAAUCAGACUGUUUCAAAAAGGAAUUUAAAUGUAAUUGAUGAAAAUACAACAAUAAAGAUUGCAAAGACAACAGAUGCCUCUGGGACUUCUCACUCAAGGCGGACUAGUUUUGGUAGUAAUAACGAAAAUGAAUUUAAUGUGGAUGCGUUUAAUAGUGAAGAAAAUAUACCGGCGUCUCAGGAACCCACUCAACGUUACCUGUCCCAACGCAGUAUUGCGGCCUCCUUAACGCGUACGCAAUCACGCGGCAACACCACACGUCCACCAAACACUUACUUUGAAAUGGUUUUAAUGAAAUCUGGUGCACUAUUGGAUGAGGGUGAUAAUUUUGUGUUGUCUUGCGAUCAUGUUGCUUUUGUUAGUAAAUUUAGAGAAAUUUUAAUGAAAUCUCAAAACUACCCGGACAAUAUUGAAAUGUUUAAAACUGGCUUAAGCGACGCUUUAGCCACAAAACCUAAAUUAACGCAAAAGUUAUUAAGUGGUUGCACAAUUAAUAUGCCCGGUGAGGAAAGUGUCUAUCAAUCCCAAAAUAGUAUGAUGGUUAAUUUUUUAAUGAUUGGCUUUCUUUGUGAUCAUGUUUUGGAUAUACUGCUUGAUAAGGCUGAAAAAAUUGCUUGUGGAUCCAAUAAAAAUCUAACUGGUAAUAAUGUACCACUGUUGACUUUGUUGUUGGCACAAAUGAGAAACAUUACACUAUCCCAUGGCACUGUUAUCAAUGAACGUAUACAUUCCAUUUUUGAAAAAGCUAAUCCCAGUGCUAGGAUGGAAAUAAUUGCUAGUGCGGAAUUUAUAAUCGAACCAAGCAAACAUGAUGAAUUUGUGCAGCUGUUAUUAGACAAUAUUGCUGAAAGCAAAGAUUUUUUCAAUCCCGUCAUUAUGCAGUGUUUAAUCCAUUUGAACUUGACCCCUCAUAUGCAAGGAAAAAUACGUAAUAAAAUUUUAUCUUAUAUUAAAGAAAGCCAAAAUCAGCAUACCCUGUUACCAGUUGUUAUUCAAUUCUUACUAAAAAUAUUAAAUGAAGACAAUGAUGAAAGUGUACGAGAACUUGUGAAUACAUUGAGAGAAAUUUUAAUAUAUCUUAAUGAUAUUUCUGUGAUAGAAAAACAUUCAGAAGUUUUUAAUCAUAUAGAACAAGGUCUUAUACGUUCCAAGAAAUUUUACACACUUUGGCAGAAGAAGAUUAGCGGUUUGCCUCCUGUGGAAUUUAAAUCAAUAGAUUUCAUGAUAUUGCUACUGCUAAUAUAUAUUAAGGAGGAUAAUUCAAUGUAUAUUGAAAAUAUUAUUCGACGUCGUAUUAAACUUGAGCACAUAACUGUUGAAAUCAUUUUUGAUAUCUGUGACAAGUACGGCGUUGCACUGGAGAAGCUAACUAAUAUUUUAAUGCAAAUAUUACAUAAUUUUCUUAAAGAAAAACACAAAUCAGUAGUAAACUUUGCCAGAGCAUCUUAUUGUAUACUAUUUAAAAUAGACGCUGCUAUACAAAAGGAUAUUAUAAAGAAAUUAUUAGAGCUUACAUAUGAUAGAUCUUUGCAGAAUAUGACUAAUUUAGCUUUGGAAUUACUGACGGACUUACAUCGUGAAUAUGCUAAAGAAGUGCGAAAUUGGGGCAUGCUUUUAUUGCCCUUGCUUGACCGUUUGAAUGAAAUGUCAUUAUCACAAACGCGUAUGGUUAUGAAGUUAUUAUGUUGUAUAGCGUUUCCUGAGCCUGGAUUCCAUGAAUGUACUCCAUUGCAAGAUCAAAUUGAUAUGUUGGUCAAGAAACAAUUGAUAAGUCGUGUUCCAUUAAUUAAAAAACAAGGAAUCAUUGGAGGUGUACAGUUGGUUGAUAGCAUUGCACGCGUUGAGAAAACUUAUAUUGAAAUUGAUGAUUUGGAAACUACAUUCAACACAGCCAGUGAUUUACCAGAUGGUCGUGGAAAAAUGGCAGCAAAUUAUAUUGAGCGAAUACGUUCAUCUAUAAUGCAUUGUCCAGAAUCGUUAGCUUUAUUUUUUGAUGAAUUGGCUAGCAUUUGUGUCGCUGGACCACAUGAUAAUGCUAAUAAAGGUUAUCUUCUAGAUAAACCGCUUGUUAUAUGGUUAUGUGAAGUGAUGACAUAUUACUUUCAAGACUAUUUUAUAAGCGAAGAUACAACUGAUAAUAUAAGUGAUAUACAAGUUUCACUACAAAAGUGUUUGAAUUCUCAAAAUACAGAAACGGAGGAAAGUGAAGUUACUAUGAUUGCUAUUAACAUAUCCGAAGCUGUAUUAAAACCUUCUCAUCAAGCUUUAAAGUCAGCCUUAGUAUUAGCGCCACUUUUUAAUUUCGUGCGUGUUUUGCAUUUUAUACCAAAUAAAUAUAAAGAAUAA